AUGUCCUCCCCAUGGGAGACCGUGAACACAUCCCACGCAGUGGUCAGGUUCUCCUCAGACUCUGCAGACCAUCUCUUCACCGUGUGGUCACUGGCUGUCUCCAUACGAGGGAGUAACCACGACAGUUUACGUACAGCUAAACUCUCUCCCUCUCGUAGUAUUGGAGGUCACUCUGUGAGUCGUGGGACUCGUGUGUUGGUCAACAUGUGGUCGAUUCACCACGACCCUGCACAGUGGGACAAACCCGACCUGUUCAACCCAGAUCGUUUCCUUGACGACCAGGGCCAGCGGGUCACACCCUCCUUCUUCCUGCCGUUCGGGGCGGGACCUCGAGUCUGCGUUGGCGAAUCAUUGGCGAGGCUGGAGCUCUUUCUCUUCCUGUCCUCUCUGCUCCAGCGAAUGAGCUUCAGGCAGCCGGACGGGGCUCCCCCGCCCAACCUGCAGGGGCGGCUGGGUGUAGUUCUGCAGCCGUUGCCUUAUAAGCUCGUUGUCACUCCGAGGGCGGGGUGGGCGGGUGGGGCCAAAUAAAAGGGGGAGGGGUUAAUGAACGUAAAACUAACAUUUUUGUGACAAUUUGUUAAAAUUGUGAAAAUCAACAAAUGAAUUGUGAAGCUGAAAACAGCACUGACCACGUCUACAUGUGUGCUAACCUUCCAUUAUCAUUCUGAAUAAGACAAUACUCGCAUUAUGUUUGGAGCUUCAGAAGGUUCUGAACGUAGCAUUUUAUCAAACACUUUGAUAUCAACUGGUUUUUGGAUAUCUGCAAAUAUCGCAACGCAGGAUUUACGUCAUGGGGGCGUUAAUCCAAGUACGCACGGCUACAUGUAAACAUCUUACAAUGUCUUUUUCAGAAUAAGAGCAAGACAUGUAAUAUUUUGUGCAUUUAAACGUAGUCUUCAUCUCCCGUCGCAAUGAUGGGGAAUUUUCACAACAAGCAGAAAGUUAGCUAACAGCGCUACAGAAACAUCUUAACAGCUAUAAAAAGAUUAAAAAUGACCAUAAUUCUGUCAAGUAUAGUUCGACAAAUGUUUCUAAAUUUGUUCCAUUACAUGAUUUGCAUUCAGUGUAAAAACAAAAUGGAUGAAAUAAAGAACUGAUGACGGAAGGAUAACAUACUUUCAUAAACUCUUUGGCACGAGAUAGUUAUAUUAUUGUGGUUAGCUUGUUCUCCUGCCUCUGCCUCCUUGCUUAUGGUCUGGACCGCUCAUGGUCAGCCUAACAACCCUCCCCUUCUGAUUGUUAAUGUGUUCCUCCUGUGUCCAUUCACUCUGCCCUUGUGUCUUUGCCUUUCUCCCCCAGCUGUGUCUUGUGUGUCUUUCCCUGUGUCUACCCCUGGCAUGGUUUGUGUGUUCAGUUUAUUCUAGUGAUGGCGAGAUGAAGCUUCAUGAAGCAUUGAAGCUUUCCAUCCAAUUGGUUCACUCAUUUGCUCUACUGCGCCAUCA